CCUUCACCUGUCGAUCACCACCCUCUUACUCACAAGUGCCAGUCAUCGUCGCUGUCCUGAACCGUUGACUCCUUGCUCGUCGCUCACUUGAGAGUCUAACUUUGCAGCAAAAUGAACGCUUACCUCACUCGAAGUGUUCUGGCGAGUGCAUCUCGAUCACGAUGCCUAUCCACCUCUGCCGUCCUGCGCAUUGAGCCAAACAUCAAGUCAACCACGAACAAUCCCUCCAACCCUGCCAACCCCAGUCCUCCUCCUAGAGCCGCGGCAACUACUCCUACUCCGGGCUCUCGUCCGCUAGAGAAGGCCGCUGAUCCAACAGACUCGUCGGCACGGGCUCCUGCUGCCGAGCCUGCUGCUCCUGUACACAGCGAGCUCAAGAAGAAGCUUGUUCGUAUGGCUGCUAAGCUUAUGGGAUACAACAGUCGUACCACGACUGCUAUUCGGGUCACGAGUGACCUGUAUGAUCGUUGCGCUGAGAGGUGGGAACUUGACAAGGACUUUUGGCAAGGAGAAUGUCACCUGCCGCCCACUUACCAGUCUUGGUUCCAAGUGACCAACAUCCACGUUAUGCUGCUGCUUCUACGCUUCAGAGCGAUGGAGCCAAAGGACUCUGCCGUGUAUCAGCAAGAGAUCAUCAACCACUUCUUCAUCGAUGCAGAGUACCGAAUGCGCCAGCGCUUCGGCGUGCAGACGUCCCGACUGGUCAAGGGUUACAUGAAGGAGAUGCAUACCCAGCAUCGUGGAGCCCUAUUGGCCGUCGAUGAGGCGGUUGCUAUGCUUGGCUCUGAAGGAGAGGGAGACUCGCGCUUGGCCAUGGCGCUCUGGAGGAACGUCUUCGGCGCUGGCUGGGGUGAUGUGGGAGGCGUACUCUCCAAGGUACGAGGAAUCGACAAGUCCGCCAAAGGUGCACCGGUCGUGCCCGGUGUUGGCCCGGUGCUCGCAAAAGAUCGAGGACCAAGCGCCGAGGACCCCAGGUCACGUUCGCCCUACGCGGCCGCUCUCGCUCAGCAGCGCCAGAAUGCCAUCAAUCAAGGCAAGGUUUCCUCUGAAAUCGAUUCUGCGGACCCUCUGGCAGCAGAACAUCCUGAGCUGGCCUUCCCCAUUGUCCUCUCUCGCUUGACCACCUUCUUCCUCCGAGAGCUACGUCGCCUUGCAGCCAUCUCCGACCAUGAAGUCGAAUUGGGCAUGCUCUCCCGCCCUUCAGGUCCAGAGCGUCCAGCACCUCCUAAGCAUAUCGAGCCCGAGAAUGUAGCCCGAGUGGGAGCUGGAGAGAGGGCAGAGAGGCUGAACAACCAGCCUCUGGGACUGGAUACACAGGUUGAGACUACGAGGGAUGGAGAGAUGGGACAUGGAGAACAUCAGACGGUGGGACAGCAGUCGAGCAUUGCAAACUUUUCAAGGCCGUAGAAGGAGACUGAAGAAGGGAAAGCGUCACUAUGUACCACGUGCUUGUCGCUAAUUCAUAUCAAGGAUAUCGUUGACGAAGAAG